AUGGAAUUCCACGCGGUCAUAUUUUGUGGUGACGGCAGCGAUCUCGCGCCGUUCUCGGCUACCCGCGAAAGUGGCAUUCCGAAGGCGAGUCUGCCGAUAGCCAACCGGGCGAUGCUGGAGUACGUACUGGAAUGGUGCGACCAGGCUCCAUUCAAACAGGUAACCGUGGCCUGUAACAAGGACGAUGGUUCAAUCGCGAAGAUUGUUGAGACCUACAAAGCCAAGCGUGACCCGGAACUGGUGCAGUCCAGUGGAAUGGACUACUUCUUGUUCGAGUCUUCCAACACAGGUUCUGCUUUAACAGCGUUGAAAGACCGGCUCAAUAUGGACACGGUGAUACUGCCGUGCGAUUUUAUUACUGAUUUACCGCCACAGGUGCUGAUAGAAGCAUAUCGGAGCCGAGAUGAUGUUGAUCUGGGGAUGGGUGUGCACUACAACAAUACGCUUGAAAAUCUCGAUAAGAAGACCUUGAAGACUGGUUACACCAUCUACGCAACCCAAGAGGACGGCUCGAUCUGCCUGUUGGAUCUGUACUCAAAGCAAUCUGUGAGUGUUUCCAAGGCUUUGAAGGUGCGGACGCAGAUGCUGUGGAGGUUUCCACGGGCAUCUGUUUCGACUAAGCUACUUGACUCUUCGAUAUUUUUCUUCUCCAAAAAAGUUCCUAAGAUCUUGGAGGAAGAAAAGGUGGCCGUUGCGGGAAGAUCGAUUACCAAGGUCAAACGUGAACUUGCAAGACGUUCAUGGAAACACGGUGAUCCUAAGGAGACCCUGGGGCUUUUCAUCGCGCCUGAUGUGUGCACGUUCGCACGGUGCAACAACCUGGCCGUUUACAUGGAGGUCAAUAGGUGGUUCUUGAAAGCCAUGGCAAAGAACAUUGCCGGGGCUGGCCACGGACAUAUGGCUCCAAAGGAAAAGGGAGCUGCUACUGUGGGUGCAGACUCGUUGGUUGGUGAUGGUACCGAGCUUGGAGAACGUACAAGUGUCAAGCGCUCAGUCGUGGGCAAAAACUGCCGCAUUGGCAAGAGGUGUCGUCUCACUGGAUGCAUUCUCAUGGACAACGUUGUUUUGGAAGACGAUGUUCAGUUGGAGAACUGCAUUGUUGGUCUAGGAGCUCAAUUACACUCCAAGUGUAGACUGACGAAUUGCAAUGUUGAAGGAAGCUAUAUAGUGGCCAAAUCUACACAGGUCAAGGGCGAAACUUUGCUCAAUAUCACGCUGAGUGGACUUGUUAAUGUGAACACAGAUUCGUCCGAUGAGUAUGAUUCCGAAGCGGAAGGAGACUCUGAUAAUUCAUAUGAUGACGACAGAUUGGAGGAGUUUGAGGAUGACAUUGAUGAUGGGUUGUUCGGUUAA